UUUAUAGAACUUACGCACAAAUACUAACUUACCCCGCCCUCCCUGGCCAACCUACUUACAAACGUAUUUUCCGUCACGCCAUUUUCCAUCGACGACCAAGAGGAACAAACGAGCCGGAGGAGCGCGGAUAGUUUAAGCUGUGAAUUGCUACAAACACGAUCCAGUUAUGCAUCGUGACUGUCCUCUGGACUGCAAGGUCUACGUUGGAAAUUUGGGCAACAAUGGAAACAAGACAGAGUUAGAGAGGUCAUUUGGCUACUAUGGUCCUCUUCGCAGUGUUUGGGUGGCCAGGAACCCUCCAGGCUUCGCCUUUGUAGAAUUCGAAGAUCCCAGAGACGCAACUGAUGCAGUGCGUGAGCUUGACGGAAGGACACUGUGUGGUUGCCGGGUGCGAGUAGAGCUGUCCAAUGGUGAGAAGCGCAGCCGCACCCGUGGCGCUCCCCCUUCAUGGAGCAGGCGUCCUCGAGACCGAGAUGACUACAGGCGCCGUAGCCCACCACCCAGACGAAGAUCCCCACGCAGGAGGAGCUUCAGCCGCAGUCGAAGCAGGUCUUUCUCCAGAGACAGGAGGAGGGAGAGGUCCCUCUCCCGGGACAGGAACCACAAACCUUCGAGGUCUUUCUCACGAUCAAGGAGCCGCUCCAGGUCUAAUGACAGAAAAUAGAGGACCAUCUGUCAGGUGUCAAGGGAGCUGAAGCUGAACGGUUGUACAGGUGUUGCCGUUUCAUAUGAUGGACUUCAACAUGGUCGUUUUUGUGUUGAGUUUUUUAAACAAUCAUGCAUUUUAGUGUCCCUCCCCCUUUAUUGUUAUGGUGUAAUUUUCAAAUACACGGAUUGUGUACAGGUGUGAUGCCUCACGUAAGUCACGUCCAUCUUGUCGGUCCUGAAACAGUUGUGCCACCCAGCAUUCCAGUUCACCAGUUAAUCUCUUAAAAGCUUUGGGUUUUGUCAGUAAAUGUACCGUGUAGUUUGACUUAGUGUGAGUAGUCCUCAUUUUCAUCGUAUAAGUGCCAGCAUUUUUUUUUUUUCUUUUUUUUAAGAAGGAUUGGGAUGAUUUGUUAGGAAGUCCCUCCUUUUGAUUGUCUGUAAAGCCAGCCUAUUUUCAACCUGCUACUUUCUUACUUCAUACUGAAGGUUUCCAUCUGUUAAUGGUUGGUUGUUUGUAAUAAACGCACCCCCUCAUUCAAGAUCCAAAA